AUGACUCCAAAUGCAGCAUACUUUUUGAGUCUUCUCCAAUCCUUGACAUCCGCUGUGUUGGCUCACAAGUGGAAGGCCAGGGGCUGCCUGGAGGCCGGCACUUGGGUGGCGCGGUUCCGCGACGCCGAAGAUGGGCAGGUGCCGCGAGAUUUGGGGGAGCGUGGGCAGAUCUCCAUCGACCGCAUCGUGGCGCUGCGAAGCUCCGUGUUACCGAUUUAUGUCAUCAUCCGGCCUGGCGGUGUGACCACAGCAGACGAGGUCUCUGAGGACGGCAAUGACUUCCUCACGACCCGGAUGUUCGGUGAUCAGAUCGCAUUCCAGUCCAUCGGCGGAGAGUACCUGAGCACCGAAGGUGGCGAGAUCUGCACGCGGCGAUAUUGCAGCAGCAAUGAACGCUUUACGGUGGAGAAACAGGACACGCAGUACGCCUUUCGCUCUUGCAGCGGGCAGUACCUGAGCGUCAGCGAUCGAGCACCCUUCGUGACUUUGGCUGCGGCGCCUGGGGAGACGGAGGCGUUCCAACUCUUCUCGCUGAUGAUGUACGGCGUGAACGUCGGUCAGCAGCUGGAGAUGUUGGAUAGGCCUGGCAUGGCCUGGGUCACAGAGAUUUGGGUCGCCACUGCAAUGCGGGAAGUUGCAGGCCUGGCUGUUUGGCUGGCGUCACUGACGUCGGCUGCGACUGAGGGCACCACCUCGGAGCCCUUCAACUGCGACUGGGGGCGACACAACUGGCACAUGGGUUGGUCGAACCCCAAGAAGAUCUACUGCUGUCAGCACCACCAGAUCGGCUGCGAGGACCACGCCCCUGCGCAGAUCGUGAAGGGCACCUCGGAGCCCUUCAACUGCGACUGGGGGCGACACAACUGGCACAUGGGUUGGUCGAACCCCAAAAAGAUCUACUGCUGUCAGCACCACCAGAUCGGCUGCGAGGACCACGCCCCUGCGCAGAUCGUGAAGGGCACCUCGGAGCCCUUCAACUGCGACUGGGGGCGACACAACUGGCACAUGGGUUGGUCGAACCCCAAGAAGAUCUACUGCUGUCAGCACCACCAGAUCGGCUGCGAGGACCACGCCCCUGCGCAGAUCGUGAAGGAGCCGGCCUCCAAUAGCAGCCACGCCAUCCCUCCCUGGUGGGUGGUGGCUGGCGUCCACCCCGAUGGCCCCGAGACGGACUAUGGCCCUUACCGCAUGGCUGGCUUUUCUGUGGCGCAACAGCGACAGUUCGGCGUCGAUGCCACAGGACACGUGCAGAACUGGCACCGCUUCACCGCGGCCACACGCUCGCUGAAGCCCUGCAUCGAUCCGAAGCAACAGCAGAUGGGACUCAACCAGAAGGAGAUGAUGCACCUGCUGGGCGACGUGCUCACCGAUGCCUGGAAGGAGCUGAGGAAAGACGACCCCGCGUUGCAAGACUGGACUCGCCUGAGAAGCAACUGUCAAGAGCAGUGCAUGGCUCAUGUGCUGAGUUGGAGCCUGCGAACUCUCUGGGCCACCGGAGAGCUGUUGUCUCAGGGCGGCGGCGCCAGCUUCGGGUCCGUGCUGGCCGAUGCGGUGCGCACCUGUUAUCCAGGUUUCCGCACCUUGCGAGCGGAUGAAGUGGCCCACAAGGUGUCGAAGUUGGUCUCCAAAGCCCUGGAGGAGCGACUGCCCAUUGCGGCGGCCAGUGGUGACUUUGCGAGUCGUCGCUUGGCCUACAACCAGGGGCCCAGCUGCUUGGAGCCUGGGCAAGAUGAGGAGCAGCGGCAGCAGUUCGCCACCCAACUGGAAAUGGCCGUGGAGCGGGCGGUGAAAACGGCCGUCUCCAAGAGCUGGGGCACCAUGGAGCAAUCCGCGCGGCCCUGCCAGCAGACCUGCCGCCGUGCGGUGGUGCGCCAGGCCGCAGAGAUGUUGUGGGACGCCGGUUUGCUGGCGCGAGGAAAUGCAGACAUGCUGGUGAUGACAUCUGUUGAGGGUGCCCUGGCGGCCUGCCUGGUGAAUUUGCCCAAAGAUGCGGCGGAAGCCUUGGCCGGCGAGGCCAUGCUGCACAUGAGACCUCCGACUGACGAUGCCCAACCUAGGGCCUUGGCGGGCGGCUUGCCGAGUGAGGGUGACGUCUUGGUGUGAGGGCGGCUUCGACGAUGGCUUCUGACGUCUGCCAAUGACGGCGCCGCGCUUCACGCCAUUGAUUCUGCAAAAA